UUUUGCCUUUUAAAAGUAGACUAGCUCCUUUGAUUAGCUAGGUGAUCUUGUCUGAAAGAUGUCAGGGGAAGAAGAAGAAAAUGCCGCUGAGCUCAAAAUCGGUGAUGAGUUUUUGAAGGCCAAAUGUCUAAUGAAUUGUGAAGUCGCGUUGAUUCUUGAACACAAGUACGAGCAGCUUCAACAGAUGUCUGAAGAUCCAACAAAUCAGAUUUCGCAGGUAUUUGAAAAGUCACUGCAAUAUGUGAAGCGUUUCAGUCGGUACAAGAACCCUGAUGCUGUUAGACAAGCUCGAGAGAUCCUUAGUAGGUAUCCACUUGCUGAAUUCGAGCUCUGUGUUCUGGGGAAUCUUUGCCCAGAGACUGUUGAGGAAGGUAUUGCCAUGGUCCCAUCCAUCAAGAAUAGGGGACGCGCACUUGACGAGGAAGCAAUCGAGAAAAUGCUAACUGACCUCUCUCUAAUUAAGAAAUUUGAGUAGUCUCAUUAUUCAGAUUGUCUUGCUAUCCUGAUGCAGUCUGCUUCCAGUACCUAUGUAGCUUCUAUGUCUCUGUACUUUUGGUGACCAGCCGUGUAAUGCAAAAUGAUGUUCUGGCAUUCUGUUGAAAACUUUAUUAGCUGACUGACGAAAAGAGAAAAGACCAAACGACUCUGUUCUCCCUGGACAUUUUAUUGUUUUGGAGGCUGGUUUUAGAAUAAUCCUUUGGUUUCAGAGACCAACUCGUUGUUAUUUACAAUAAACUAUACAAGUUUCGCUGUUUUUGCUUUUGUGUGACACAUAUUAAA